GAUGUUGGUCGUUGAAAUUUAAAUACAAAAUAUUCUAAUACAACAUGUUUUGUAUUAUAAUUAUAUUUUUAUUUUGAGAUAAUGUUAGCCCAUCAUGCCAGAUGCCAAUUUUGCCCCGCGAGACAGGAACAGCAGCGAAUACUAGCGGUCUGUUGAGGCUACUGCCAAUUUUGAGUCCAGAAAAUCCGACAUUAUAACUUUCAUCUCCCUUGCUCACGUGGUUAAUACUUGUUUCUCUUUAUGCAUAUUUCUUUGGACCUUCAGCAUGACUACAUGAAGUUGAUGGAGCGAUUUAGGAGGUGGGGAACUACAGCAGGAGAGGGCUGCCCCAGCCACCUCAAGCCACCCUGCAGUCUGCUCUACCCAGGAGCCUGUACGGUUCUGGCCCCAUCCUGCUGGCACCGGCUGGUCACUACGGUGACACUACAGGUCAGUUUAAUCGUGUUUCACCGGUACACACUGGAAUCAGUUACAGUUACAAGGUAGUAAAUAAAUUAAAGAUGUCCCUGGAAAAAAAGAAAAAAAAACAAUGCCAAGGGCAGUGGUGGAACCAAAGAGGUGGAUGACGAGAGCUCAGAGGAUCAGGAGCCAGAGCCCAAGACGAAGCGUAAGAGGGUCACUGGCACAGAGGAUGCUGGAGCUGGCAGGGGGAAGAGGAAGAAAUCAAAAGCUCCAGAAGAAGGGUACCACUCUGACACCUCUGAGCCUGAUGCAAAAAGCAGCAAGAAAAAGGGGGAGAACAAAGGAAAAGUAAAGAAAAAUAAGAAGAAAGCUAAGAAGGACAGCGAGGAGGAGUAUGAGGUGAGAAGCAGUGAGUCUUAAGAGUACAGAUGAUGAAGAUCACAGUGAUACCAUCAAUAACAAGAAAAAGAGAGCAGAGAGGCUCCCUGGUGUGAUUGAGGCCACCAGUAAGGGAACCAAAAAGAAUAAAGACCACCAGGAGAACGACAUGGGGUCAAAGGACAAAAAAUCUAAAGACGACGACAAAAAAUCCAAAAAGGACAAGAAAGAGGGCGAACAAACUCGCGAACAGGGGGAUGAAGAAGGGGAUGGCAAAAAGAAGAAGAAAAAGGCCAAGAAAGUCUCAGGGGGGGACAGUGAUGAGGACACCAAAAAGGGGAAAGGCAAAAAAAAGAAGCUGGUUGAGAACUACGUGGAGAUCUAUGAGAAUGAACUACGGAACUAUGAGCCAGAUACCAUGGAGAACUAUGAGGAUGAGUACCACAAGAAGAAAGUUUAUGAGGUGGUGACCAUCACUGGAGAUGAGAGGGGGGCGGGCACCGAUGCCAACGUGUUUAUCACUCUCUUCGGGGAAUAUGGCAUCACUCCGAAGGUGCAUCUGGCUAGCAACACGGAAAAGAGGAGUAGAACAGCCUUUGAGAAGAACAAAACAGACGUCUUUAGGAUCAAAACUCAUAACGUUGGGCCUUUGAAGAAGAUACGGAUAGAACAUGAUAACACAGGUCUGAAUGCCAGCUGGUUCUUGGACAGAGUGGUGGUGACUGAUAUUACAAGACCUCACAUGAGGUUCUACUUCACCUGUAAUAACUGGCUCAGUAAGGUGGAGGGGGACAACCUGUUUGUCAGGGAUCUGCUGGGCAGCCUCGACCCCAUGGACUUGCCCAAAUACAAUAAGUAUGUAUUGAGCGUGUUCACAGCAGAUGUUAAAGGCAGUGGAACGGAUGCUGAUGUCUUCAUCAACAUCUUUGGAGAGUUUGGUGACACCGGUGAGAGGCGGUUGGACAAUAAGAAGGAUAACUUUGAGAAAGGCACGGAGGACAAGUUCACUUUAGAAGCUCCCCACCUCGGCAAAAUUAGGAAGAUUACCCUGGGUCACAACAACAAAGGCUCUUCCGCUGGAUGGUUUGUGGACAAGGUGCUUCUGGAUGACAUGGGAAACAAGUCUCUGUAUGAGUUCCCCAUCAACCGCUGGUUCGCCAUCGAUGAGGAUGAUGGGAAGAUUCAGAGGGACAUCCUAGUUGGAGGCAGUGAGCCCACAGGUAUUGUGUACCACGUCCAGGUGGUGACAGGGAAGGUCCGAGGAGCUGGCACCAACUCCAACAUCCACAUGCUGAUGCACGGCACCAAGGGCCUGAAGAACAGCGGCAAGAUCUUCCUGCAGGGGGGUAAGUUUGAGCGUGGUCUGACGGACAUCUUUAACGUGGAGAUAUCUGCCCUCCUCAGCCCCCUCAGCCGAGUCACCAUCGGCCACGACAAUGGAGGAGUCAGCGCUGGCUGGUACUGCGAGAAGAUAGUGGUGUUCUGCCCGUUCACAGGGAUCGAGCAGACCUUCCCUUGCAGUAAAUGGCUGGAUGAGAGUGAAGGUGACGGACUGAUAGAGAGAGAGCUCUAUGAGAUGGUCUCACUAAGGCAGAGGAAACAGAAGAAGCACCCCUGGUCUCUGUGGAUCUGGACGUCAGAUCUCCCUGGCGCAGGAACAGACGCAUCCGUUUACUUCCAGAUCUAUGGGGACAAGGGCAAGUCAGACGAGAUGAGACUGGACAACAAAGCAGACAACUUUGAACAGGGCCAGCUGGAUAAGUUCAUGGUUGAGCUAUCUGACUUGGGGAAGCUUACAAAAUGUCGCAUCUGGCAUGAAAAGAGAAGUCCUUUUGCAGGGUGGCAUUUGAGCAAGGCAUCUCUGAUGAAAACUUUGACAAAGGAGAAGUUUAAGUUCCCCUGUGAGCGCUGGCUGGAUACUAACGAGGAUGACAACGAGUUAGUUAGAGAGCUGCCUGCCACUGGAGACCUGAUUGCUGAACCCCUGCCCUUGAUAAAGUACCGUGUGACUGUGUGCACGGGGAAGUUUGGCGGCAGCGGGACGGACGCCACUGUCUUCCUCAAUCUGAUUGGUGACCUGGGGGACACAGGCGAACGUACGCUGGUCAACUGCAAAAACAACGUCAACAAGUUUGAGAAAGGCAACAUGGAUGAGUUCAUUAUUGAGGCGGUGUCAAUCGGGCAGGUGCGGCGUGUGCGUAUCGGGCACAACGGGCGGGGCGGAGGUUGUGGCUGGUACUUGGAGAAAGUGAUGGUCAGGGAAGAGGGACAGGCUGAGUCUCAGGUUGUAGAGUUCCCCUGCGGCAGGUGGCUAGAUCGGAAUGAGGAUGACGGACAGAUUGUUCGGGAGUUGGUGCCAUUUUCAGACGGCCAGCGUCUUUACAAUGUUAGCUAUCAUGUGUCGGUGAAGACAGGCAGCGUCAGUGGAGGCAGCUCGAACUCCACCGUUUUUGCGAAGCUGUAUGGGGAGAAGGGAGACACCAGUAAGAUGAUGCUGGUGGUCUCUGACAACAACCUGCGCAACUACUUUGAGGUGGGCCGGGUGGAUGUGUUCACUGUGGAGACGUUUGACAUUGGACAGAUCAGCCGUCUGAUGAUUGGCCACAACAACGAGGGGAUGAAUGCUGGUUGGUUCCUGGACAGUGUCCAGAUCAUGGUGCCGGCCAGUGGGAGUCAGUACAUGUUCCCCAGCCACCGCUGGCUCUGUAAGGACGAGGCAGACGGCAAGACUGAGGUGGUGAUCUACCCUAGCGAGAUCCUGGACAUUAAACAAUUGAUAAACUAUGAGAUAACAGUGGUGACAGGUGAUGUGAACUUUGCUGGAACCAACGCUAACGUUUUCAUCCAGAUCUACGGUGGUAAGGGCAAGACAGAGGUCGUCAAUCUGGCCAGCAGGUCCAACAACUAUGAGAGAGCAACUACUGAGAUAUUCAAGAUAGAAGCCAGCAACGUAGGAAAGAUCUUCAAGGUGCGUAUCGGCCAUGAUGAGGCGGGGAUCGGCUCCGGCUGGUUCCUAGAGAAGGUAUACGUCAAACACCUAAUCAUGGGCAUGGUGACCAAGGUGAAGAAAAAGGAUGACAAGAAGAAGAAGAAGAAAAAGAAGGAGGCGGAGGAGGAGACAGAGGAAGUGAUGCAGGAGAUAGUGCAGACAUAUGUGUUCCCCUGCUCCCGCUGGCUGAGCCGGGGGGAGGAGGACGGGGAGCUGGUGGUGGAACUGCUUCCUGAGGAUACAGACCAGCUGGAAGAGAACACCUAUGAAGUGUGCGUCUUCACCGGGGACAUGCUGGGGGCUGGGACUGACGCCAAUGUCUACAUCAAUAUUUAUGGGGAGAACGGGGACACAGGGGAGCGCCUCCUCAGGAAGUCAGGCAACCUCAAUAAAUUUGAGUCAGGGCAGGAGGAUGUGUUCACCAUAACAGCCAUUGAGCUGGGCCCCCUGCGGAAGCUACGCAUUCGUCAGGACAACGCAGCGUCUUACUCCUCUUGGUACCUGGAUCGCGUGGAGAUAGUGGACACCAAGGAUGACACCACGUACUACUUCCCAUGUAACCGUUGGCUGGCGGUGGAUGAGGAUGAUGGACAGAUCGCCAGGGAGCUGGUGCCCGUGGAUGAGGCCUUCAUGAAGAGGGACGAUGAUGAGGAGGGGACAGGUGCAGCUACCCUGGGGCUUGAGCAGAAAGCUAUGUCUACAACUCUAGCCCUGAAAAUAAAGACAGGAGAGAAGAAACAUGCUGGAACGGAUGCCAAUGUUUUUGCUAUCAUUUAUGGAGAAAAAGAUGAUACAGGGAUAAUCAACCUGAAGGCGUGUAAGACCCAUAAGAACAAGUUUGAGCAGGGCAUGGUGGAUGAAUUCACUGUGGAGGCUGUGGACCUGGGAGAGCUGGAAAAGCUACGCAUCGGUCAUGACAACUCAGGUGGCUCUCCUGGUUGGUUUCUGGACUGGGUGGAGAUCGACGCCCCCUCUCAGGGCCAGAGACUCCGUUUCCCAUGUGGCCGUUGGCUAGAUAAUGGAGAGGAUGAUGGGGCCAUAGUGAGAGACCUGUACCCCAACGAGCUCCAGACUGAACUCUACAUGCCAUUUGUCCCCUAUGAGAUCAAGAUGUACACAAGUGAUGUGUUUGGUGCUGGGACAGAUGCAGAUGUGUUUAUAGUUCUUUAUGGCUGGAAGGGCCUCUGCACCCAGCAGAAACACCUGUGCGUCAACAAGCGAGAGAGAAGGUUGUUCUUCGAGAGAGGAGCUGAGGAUAUGUUUAUCGUGGAGUUGGAGGAUGUGGGUGAUGUCAUUGAGAAGAUCCGUAUUGGCCACGACAACAGCGGCACCAACCCUGGCUGGCACCUUGACAGAGUGGAGAUCAGACGCCUACUCAGGAAGGGAAAGGGUUCGGAGACGACCAUCUUACCGUGUGAGCGCUGGUUGGCCAAGUCAGAGGACGAUGGGGAGACGGUGAGAGAGCUCGUUCCCUCUGAUAUUAUCACAGAGAAACUGCUGAAGGAAGGAAAACUGAAACACACAGAGAUGGAGGUGGAGGAUGCCCUUGAAACUCACACCUAUAAGGUGUCUGUGAGAACGGGUGACAUGUACGGAGGAGGGACCGACGCCAAAGUGUUUCUCACCAUCUACGGAGACCUGGGAGACACGGGGGAACGCAAACUCAGCAAGUCUGAGAGCAACAGCAACAAGUUUGAAAGAGGGGCGGUGGAUAAGUUCUCCAUCGAGGCGGUGGAUCUUGGCCAGGUGUUUAAGAUCCGUAUUCGCCACGACAACUCCGAAUUUAUGGGGACAGACUGGUACCUGGACCAGGUAGAGGUGAUGGACAUGGAAACAGAGGAGGUAUAUAUGUUCCUGUGUGAGCGUUGGCUUUCCAAGAAGAAGGAGGACAAACGCAUCGAGAGAACCUUCUACAUCAAGGAUUAUGAGGGUGAGAGGAACGUUGAUCCAAACAAGAAGAGCACCCAGGCCAAGACAGGGCUGGACAGGAAUGCAAACAAGAAGAAGAAGAAGAAAAAGGCGGUCGUAGAGGAAGGUCCAGUCAUCCCCUACCACUUCACUGUGUCUACUGCUAUGGACCCUGAUGCCAGCACCACAGCCAGGGUUUAUGUCAUCGUUAUGGGACCCAAUGACAUUGAGACGGAGCGUCUGUGGCUGGACCUGCCUGAGGGGAAGAAGAGCUUCGCCGCAGGGACCAUGGAGAACUUCCAGUGUUACGGAACUGACGUGGGAGAGAUCAAGAGGGUGGAGCUGGGUCAUAAUGGGGCAACCCCAGAGAGCUGCUGGUUGGUGGACGAGCUGUCGGUUGCUGUGCCGACCAAAGGCAUCAAGUACAUCUUCCAGUGUAAGUGCUGGUUAGCCAAGGACAGAGGAGACGGUCUCACCGGCAGACUGUUCAACGUACUAGAUGCCAACAGUAUCAAUAUCGUCCGGAAGAUCAUCUAUGUGGCCACGGUCAUCACAGGCGACACCCAGGAUGCAGGGACGGACACCAACAUCUUCCUGUCUGUGUUUGGAGCCAAUGGGAGCACAGAGGAGAUGCUGCUGCCCAAGAAUGAGGACAGGUUUGAGAGAGGUCAAGAGGACACGUUUAACCUGGAGAUAGAUGACAUCGCUCCUCUGAAGAAGAUCAGGGUUCGCAUCGACGGCUCUGGGAGUCGCCCUGACUGGUUCCUCGACAGGAUCGUGAUGCAUAACCUGACUACAGAGGAGGUGUCUGUGUUUACCAAUGAGAACUGGCUGUCGAAGACCAAAGGGCCCAAAAGGACUAAGAUCUGUGAGCUGGCAGCGGUGGUGGAUGAGGAGGAGAUGGUGGAGAGGACCACCUACAUCAUCCAGGUCCAGACCAGUGACAUCGGAGGCGCGGGCACUGAUGCCAACGUGUUCCUGAUAGUGUUUGGGGAGAACGGAGACACUGGUACGCUGGCACUAAAGGAGGGCGGUAGCAGAAACAAGUUUGAGCGGAAGUCAAAAGAUGUGUUCCGCUUCCCAGACAUCCUCAGCCUGGGAGAGCUUUCCAAGAUCCGCGUAUGGCACGACAACAAGGGUCCUGCUCCGGGUUGGCACCUGGAGUACAUUGAUGUGAAAGAUGAGACGAUGGACCAGAAUUUCCGUUUCCCAUGUGGCCGCUGGCUGGCCAAGAAUGUGGACGACGGGCAGAUCAUGACAGAGCUGGCCUGUGCCAACAACGACAUCCUAGACUUCAGUGACAAGACCAAAUAUGAAAUUGCCACAACAACAGCUAACACUGAUGACGCAGACACCAAGGAGAAUGUGUGGAUCGUGCUGGAAGGAAAGAGGGGACGUUCAAAGGAGUUUGUGCUAGAGAAUAGUUCAAAGAAAAAGAGGUUCCUUUGUGGAGCCACAGACACGUUUGAGUUUUCCUCCAAGCAUGUGGGUGAGAUAGCUGGCAUCUGUGUGGGGCACACGACUAAAGACAGCAAAAAGGUGAAGGGUGAGGCCUUCUGGCACGUCCUGGAAGUUGUGGUGACAGAGAAGGGACUUGAAAACAAGUAUUUAUUCCACUGUGAUGCCCAGAUCCCUCUAGCAGCCAAACGGGACAAGUUUCUGACCUUCGAAUGCUUUAAGACCAUUGAGAGCUUUGCCAGCAAGGUCCGCAGCCUCGUGCCCGUCAAAUACGAGAUAAUCGUCAUCACCGGCGACGUCAAAAGGGCCGGAACUGACUCUAACGUUUACAUCACCAUAUAUGGCUCCAAUGGGGAUUCCGGAAAGCGUUCCUUAAAGCAGAAGUUCCGAAACCUUUUUGAGCGGGGACAAACAGAUCAUUUUAUUCUGGAGAUGUUGGAUUUAGGGGAGCUGCUGAGGGUCAAAGUUGAGCAUGAUGGCUCAAGCCACAACUCUGGUUGGUACCUGGAGUGUGUAGAGGUUACCAACACAGCCAACUCGGUCACCACUAUCUUCCUGUGUGGGAAGUGGUUGGAUCCUCAGAAGGCAGAUGGGCAGAUACAAAGAGUGCUCUACCCCAAAUACUGACAAGUAUCCAUGUUAACCCUUAGUAGUCUAAGCCGGUGGGGGCUUACUGCUAUUAGUCAGUAGAUUCAUACCUGGAAAAAAAUCUAUCAAAAUUAAGUUUGCUUUAAAGUGGCUGUCCUAUAUCUGAGAGAUAUAAGAAAGAUCAGGAUUUUAAAUUUAUAUAUAUUUUUAAAUGUACCCAUAUUUAACCCCCCCCCCCUUUUUUUUUAAAACACUAAACUACUUCCAAAUAUACUGUUUCAUUAAUUGUUUUAACUGGUACUGGGCUACCUUCAGACGAGUCUUGUGAUGCUUGUGGGCGUCCUAGCCAAACUGUUCAGACGAUACAGACAGAAGUUGGCAGAUCGGUGGUACCGACUUUAGACGAGUCACGUGACCGUUGUGUUCGUGAGAGUCUCAUCUUUCCAUAGAGUGGUCAUAUUAGUUUGGAUGCCAAACCAUUCGGAUGCUGCAAAGGUUUUUGUGAGAGGACCGAUUUUCGAGACGUCUCAUGGUCUGACAAACACAGCUGUAGCUCGGCCACCCCGCAGAUGCGGAAAGUCGCCAUUGUAGGAGGAGGUAGAUUAUCAGCUCAUGCAAAAACCAUAUCUCUAGUUUAAACAGACAGAUUUUUAUGGGGAUUUGUUUAUUAUGUUAUGCUAAUUAGAUUUCCCAUGGAGGCGCGGACGUUGACUCUAGAGUAACCUCUACGGGAUCGUUGUCCCUCCACCGGGACAGUUGUGUUAACGUGCGCUAAUGUGAUUAGCAUGACUUUGUAAGUAACAAGAAAAUGUCUCAGGACAUAGACAUGUCUUAUAUGGGCAGAAAGCUUAAAUUCUUGUUAAUCUAACUGCAC